CAUGGGCUGGAAGGACAUUCUGCGUCCUAUACGAGAUGGUUUGCGAGACAAUUUGCCGUCCAAAAAGCCCCACCAGAAUCCCGAGAACGAGAAUCGACGCCGUGAAGAUACCCUUAGAGGCUUUACCUACUUUGACUCGUUCUGCGACAUCGAUGGCUGGCGACCUGAGCAAGCAUAUUCCUUUCAAAGAGCAAACACUCCUCUGCUUUCAAGGCCAACUUUCAAAUCUGACCAAGGCCAAGCUAAAAUCACUCUCAUACAUGACUACUCUGGAAACUACCAGCAGUAUGAAGACAUUCAUGGCCCACCUGUGGACCAACCGUCGUACAGCUGUGAAUAUCUGCAAGCUAUUGACACCUUUGUAUACUUCUCUCAUAAGCUGGUGUGCAUACCNCCUCCAUCCUGGACGAAUGUUCUCCACCGUAAUGGUGUCAAAUCGCUCGGUACAUUUCUUGUAGAGCCACAGUCAAGAGAUAUAUCCAAGAUGGUGCAACGGACUUCGUCAAGGGCACAAGGGUGGAACUAUACCUUGGCAGAUCAGCUAACACGCAUUGCUAAUUACUAUGGGUUUGACGGUUGGUUGAUCAAUAUUGAGAAGACUUUUCCUAUCGCCGACUGGAGUCUCUCAAAGCUCGAGGGCUUUCUGGAGCAACUAAGAUCAUCCUUCGAUGACGGAUGUGUUAUUUGGUAUGAUUCACUCACAAGCAAUAACAGAAUCGACUACCAGAAUGCAUUGACGGGGCAGAAUGCCUUGCUCGCCAAAGCUGCCGGCUCUAUACUCACAAAUUAUGCAUGGUCACCGGAUACGGCCGCUGCCUCCAAAGCCCUUGCAUUGCAGAAUGGCAUUAAUCCUGUAAACAUUCUCUACGGCAUUGACGUCUGGGCGCAAAGUUCAGAGCGCUCUGUCCGGGAGACGUGGCCUAGAGAUAUAGGCGGUGGUACCGGCACUGGUCUAGGUGUCGCGAAACUAGCUGAGUUGGGUCUCAGUGCUGGCAUCUUUGGCCCAGCUUGGCCAUAUGAGCAUUUUACUUGCCUAUCGGAUUCCAAGGCUGUCGAGAACUCUAUGUGGACAGGAGUCGCUCUGCCAGAGACAUUACGCUGUGGCUGCUCCUCGAAAAACCGACAUUCCAUCCAAGGCUACAUGACCUAUCCAAUAUUGCGUAAUGCACAAGAGUUUCCGGCUGGUUCAGACACUUUCUUCUAUACCGACUUUAGCCAAGCGUUCGAAGCAACCACCAAUUCAGAUCAAGUUGCCGACAAGAGCGAAGUACGUGCGAGCCUUGCCUCGCAGUCUAUAUUGCCUCGACCAAGUAUACAUCCCAACGUUCAGCAAGAUAUCUACAGUCAGAUUGAGUCGUGCCCUUCCAGAUUGUCUUUGUAUAUGCCUACCUUGGGCAAGACUGCAUCCGCACAAAGAGCAUUGAGGCUCUUCAAACUCAGCAUGCCGGCCACUCUGGUUGUUGCAAUCAUGUCUAUCUGCGUCCGUCGCAGAAGCAAGGCUGGCAGAAAGUGCACGAUAUCCGACGCGACACUAACCGAAGUAGAUGCGACCAUGUCAUGUCUCUCUUGGAAGUUUGAUGAUGAAGUGUGGAAUGCUAGGCGCGAAGACGACGGACUUCCUUACAGUGAUGUUACAGGGCCUUUUAGCUUCUUUGUGAUCGAGGUUGAUGGGCAGGAAGUGAGAAGAGCAUAUGCGUUGGACUACCUGCUGCGAGAGGUCGGUGACGAGUUAGCAAUCCGAAUCACAGGUAUGGGGUUCGAUGGCGAGGUGCUUUGCGUAUACACGAGCAGUUUGCGGAAGCGACAACGGCAGGGGUCAACAGAGAGCUGGCAGUUGGUG